GCAAUGCUGAUCAGCAAUUGCGCUGGGCCGCCAGUUCUGCAGCUGCCUUGCUGUUAAGUUACGUGGUGACCUUGCAGCCAGCACAGGCCGCUGAUGUGGUGAACUACUCGGACUUCAUCGACUCCAUCAACAGGGGCGAGGUGGAGAUGGUUCGUGUGCAAGAGGACAUGCUGUCGGCACAGUACACCACCAAGGACGGGUCUCGACGGGAGGUGAACCUCAUCCCGAACGCUCAGAUCGAAGAUCAGCUCUUCAAUCAGCUGGCCGAUAAGAAGGUGGACGUCGUCAUGUCGUCCCCGGGUUCUAGCGCCUCGCCCUUCGACUUUCUGGCGCGUUUCGCCGGGCCCAUCGCCUGGCUGAUCGCAGGGCUGCUGCUGCUCUUCGGCGGCUUGCCUUUUGGCCCCGCGGGACCUGGUGGACCUGGUGGAAACCCCUUCGAGCUGGGCAAGUCCAAGGCGCGCAUCAUCAAAGACGGUGACACCAAGACCAAGUUCGCCGACGUGGCCGGCUGCGACGGCGCCAAAACGGAGCUCAUGGAGGUUGUGGAUUUCUUGAAGAACACCUCCAGGUACUCCGAGCUAGGUGCGAAGAUUCCAAAGGGAGCUCUGUUGGUGGGCCCUCCAGGUACUGGAAAGACCCUCUUGGCCAAGGCCGUGGCUGGCGAGGCCGGUGUCCCUUUCUUCAGCAUCUCGGCCUCCGAAUUCGUGGAGAUCUUCGCGGGCAUCGGCGCCUCACGCGUGCGCGACCUCUUUGAACAAGCCAAGAAGAACGCUCCUUGCAUCAUCUUCAUCGAUGAGAUCGAUGCCGUGGGUCGUCAACGUAGCGCUGGCUUCGGACAAGGCAACGAUGAGCGCGAGCAGACCGUGAAUCAGCUCCUCACCGAGAUGGACGGCUUUGAAGGCAACAAGGGCGUGGUGGUCAUCGCCGCCACGAACCGCGCAGACAUCUUGGACCAGGCCCUGGUACGUCCUGGACGCUUCGAUCGACAGAUCCAGGUGGAUCCACCAGAUGUUCAGGGACGAACAGCGAUUCUGAAGGUUCACGCCAAGGACAAGAACUUGGCUCCGGGGGUAGACUUGUCGGCCAUUGCGCGACAGACUCCAGGCAUGUCGGGCGCGGACCUCGCGAAUCUGCUGAACGAGGGCGCCAUUGUGGCGGCCCGGCAGAACAAGGCGGAGAUCGAUGCGGACGACAUCGCCAACGCGCUGGAGAGAAUUGCCAUUGGACUGGAGAAAAAGGACGCCGUGAUGAGCGAAAAGAAGAAGAAGUUGGUGGCCUACCACGAGGCAGGUCAUGCCAUCCUGGGCGCCUUGAUGAACGACUACGACGUGGUGGCCAAGAUCAGCAUCGUCCCCCGCGGACCCGCGGGCGGAGUGACGAUCUUCAUGCCCUCCGAGGAACGGCUCAACUCCGGGCUCUACUCCAAGGAAUUCUUGGAGAAUCGCAUGUGUGUGGCCCUUGGCGGCCGCAUUGCAGAAGAGAUCAUCAACGGCCGCGACAACGUCACCACGGGCGCUUCUAACGACUUCCAGCAGUGCACUCAGGUGGCCAAGCAGAUGGUGAUGACUUUAGGCAUGUCCCCAGAGGUGGGUCAACGCCUGCUGGGAGGACAGCAGCAGGGGGGACCCUUCAUGGGCCGUGACUUUAUGGGACAGGGCGCGCCACCCAUUUCGCAGCAGCUGAAGCAGUUGGUGGAUGUUGAGGUGAAGCGCAUCGUGGAUGAGCAGUACCAGCGCGGCACGCAGUUGUUGAGGGAUAACAUGUUCCUCUUGGACGAACUGGCGAAGAUGCUGAUGGACCAGGAGAAGGUCAGUGGUGAAGAGCUCAUGAAGUUGAUCAACAAGGCAGCAGCUGAGGGAAAGCUGGUCAUGGGCAACUCGCGCAUGGCGGUGGCCGCCUAUACCGGACAGGUCGUCUCCAAGAAGACCAAGUGCGUCCACCCAGACAAACCCAUGAUGUUCGCCUGCGCAGACUGCCCCCGCCGCGGCUUCUGCGGGUCCACGGCAAAACCACCCAGCGAGGGCGAAGCGCGCGACGCGAAGCGGUCGGCCAUUGCCAGGUACGGUUUGGCCUCUGAUGUGGAGCCUGAGUCCACUGGGGAGCAGGUGAUGAAGAAGGUGGAGGAGAUGGCAAAGGACAUGUCUGUCCCAAGUUCCGUCGUGAAGUCGGUACACGCCAUCGCUUCGUUGGAUGGCUCCAAGGGGACAUAA